AUGGCAGACCUAAUCAACAAGGAUUAUUUGUCAAAUGAUGGCGCCUUCAUCUUAACGGGUGUGUUGGUUGCGGGUGCACUCAUAAAGUAUGCCUACUUGAGCAGAUGUGGGAGAAGAACCUUUGAGGAGCUGAUGGAUCCGGAGGAAGCUGAAGCACAACGUCAGCAGAAAGCUGCAGAAGAAAGAUUGUGCAUGCAACUAGUUGAAUCGAUAGGGCCUUUCAAGUCAACGAAAUCAAAGCAAACAUCAGAAGAAGGUGAUGUAGAAGAGGGGAAAGAUUCAAGACAAGAAGUCGAAGGAUCCAGUGACGAAAACGACGCCGACACACAAGACGACCACGUUCGUGCAUUCUCAAACGCAUGUGCCAUUUGCUUGGAAGAGUUUGAAGAGGGUGUCAACGUUGUAAAGUCUGUCGCUACAAGUAGCUGUCCACACAUAUUUCAUGAUACAUGCUUGAACGAGGUGAUUUUGGCUUCAACGAGGAAAGGGAUUUAUAGCAUCCCCUGUCCGUGUUGUAGACAGACAUUUGUUGAAACGGACCCGCCACAACAGCGCAAUGGUGAGGUACAGCAGUAA